GAAUCCCUUCAGCCAAAGAGUUAAAAGGAAGACACGACAAAAUGUCGCAGCCCAUUCGUCUCUACACCAAAGGAAUUGUCYUGGGUUAUAAGAGGGGUCUUAGGAACCAGCACCCUUCCACAUCACUUAUCAAGAUAGAAGGUGUUGACAAUAAAACAGACACAGAAUUCUACAUGGGGAAGAGGCUUGCYUAUGUCUAUCGUGCCAAGACCAAGACUGUUGCCAAGGGAGAUAAGAAAGCCACUAAACUGCGAGUCAUAUGGGGUAAGGUCACACGUUCACAUGGAAACAGUGGAGUUGUGAAGGCCAAGUUCAGGCAUAACCUGCCUCCAAAGUCUAUGGGUGCUACUGUACGAGUUAUGCUGUAUCCAUCAAGAGUCUGAAGGACAAAGCUGCCUUUAAAUUGUAUAAUAAAAAUUACAGUCUAAAACUU